CCCAGGCCCGCGGAGCCGCCCCUUCCCUGCCCCUCCUGCUUGCUCCGCAGCCGGUCUCCCGUCUCCCACUCGGCCACGUUCUGGGGCCGCUUCCCUGCGCUUUGUCCUCAGGACCCGUCUCAGUCUUUGGUCGACGUUUUCUGGGCCGGUGGCCUCUGAGUGACCCCCUGUACCACUCCUUCAGGCGCCACCCUCAGUGCCAGGUCCUCCAGUCCCUGAGGCCACUGAGUGAGCCCUUUCUCAGGCACUGCGCAAUGAACCCUCAUCAGCAGAGCUCUCUCUCUGUCAUUUCCUUGUCUCCUGUACCCCCUAGGCCAGGUGAGGCCCAACAGCCAGGAACUUGGAAUUGGAAGUCGGAUCCUAAGCAGUGGGCAAAGUCAAUUCGACUACAGCUGAACGCUCAACUCCUCUUGGUUCCUGAAUCAAGGGUAAGCUUGUCUCCUGAAGAUGCUUCAUCUGAUGAUGCCCGUGAGUUUCUGCACUCCAGAAGAGUCCCGGGUAAUGAACAGCAGCCUUGGACCAGUCCGAAGAGACAGAAGCAGUUCCUGAAGGUAGUGACUCAGUCAGAGCGGCACACAGAGCUGGAGCUCCUGAUAGCUGAGAUCCGCAUUCUUUUAUCAGCUGUGCUGCAGGAUUGCAGCCAUGCAGCAUGGCACUACCUGUGUGCAGUGCUGGCUCUGCUGUCACCUUAUCGCGUGCUGCUAGCUGGCCACCUUGAUUUGCUGCCUUUCCUGGAGCAACUGUACCGCUGGGCACCGUGGGUCCAAUCCCACUUCCAGCUGGACCUACUAGAUGCCAUAGAACAGGUCUUUCCCCCAGACACCUCCCUGCUAGACAGCGCCUCCCAUGUUGACUGCCGUCCUUGGAAGCAGAGGCUCCAUCAGGGGCCCCCUGGCUCACUCUGCCCUUUUGUGAGGGCCAGGUGGGAUGGGCAGCAGGUAGAGGAGGAGCUGGCCACAUGGCUGCGGCCACUGACACUGCCUGAGCUACAACACUGCCUGGGCAUUGUCGGUGCUGAGGUGGCCCUGGAAGAGACCUGCUGGCUAGAUGGCCUCGGCCUCCUGCCCUUGGCGCUGGCAACAGACAUCCCUGUACAGUAUGAAAGCACUGACAACGGAGUGGAGGAGCCAGUUGAAAGAAGAGGGACUGAACUUUGGUUUGAUUUUGAAGUUCCUGGGGAGAAGACCUUGCAAAAGAGAAGUCCUGGCUCUGUACCUCAGACUUCCCUCCUGGGCAGCCAGAUGAUGGCGGUUCUGAAGACAGAGAAAUACUUGAGGAAGAUCCACUUCCUCUAUCUCAAUGUGGCUCCCAGCCGUCACUUCAGGCCCUACAACCUGGUGGUGGUGCCACCAAAGAAGGUGAAUCCUGAGCACUACAUCAUCUCUCCCUUCGGGAUCCUGCACGUACAUCCUGUGGAUGGCGGUGAGACCAUAACGCUGGGUACCUGGCACCGCCACUCUGUCCUCUGGCAAAAGCUCCAGUUCAUCCCCUUCUUCAAGUAUUGCCUCUUACGCAAGGCCUUGCACUGUUGGAAGAAGAAUGUGAAGUUGCUGGGGCUGCGCCGGUGCCGCACUUUACUAGGGAAGCAUCUUCUCUCUGCUGUGCCUCACUUUGGAGUUGGGCUGCUCCAUAUCAGCAGGCUUCUGCAGGAACUGCAGUCUGUGUCUUGGCUACCCAAGGAGCCAGAUCAGACUUAUGAGCUUCUAGACCUGCAGCGGGCUCUAGCAAAGGAAAACCACAAGGCUCUACGGCUGCUGCAUCGAUGCCUGUGCCUGUGCACAUCCAUUGUCCAACUGGUUCAUGAGGACACAUAUCACAUGCAACAGGGCAUGCAGGAGCGAGUGAAGAACUGCAAGAGGAUCAGGAAAGGCCAAGGCUCCAUCUACCUUCAUCGGGUACAGUGCCAGCAGCUGGAGCAGAAGCUGAAGCAGGCGGAUUCCUGGUUGCUACAGCUGGGACAGUUGGCCCGCCUGGUAGACUACAUGAUUUGCCAGAGCCUCGUGUCUAUUAUAGAGAGGGAAAUCACCUCUUUUGUGGCCAACGUCCUGCAAGCCCCAAGACAGAAUCCCUUGCUCUUAGCACAGUUGGUUUUUGAUGAUUCUGGCCAACUAUCUCAUGAGCCCUACAUUGAAAAUAUAAUCCAGAUUCUAACUGGGGGCAUACAGUCUGUCAUGGCCUCUGUCCUGAAGAUAAUACAAUCUGCAGACCUGAAGACCCCUUCGGAUUUCCUGUAUUAUGAAGAAGAAGAUGAAGAAGAGGACACGAACACAGAAAUCUUGACGCCCAAGCUCCAGAGCCAGCCCAGUGAUGCUGUGCGCAUCUUCUGCGGCCCGAACACAGGAUUGGUGUUGCCCUGGAAUACUCAUGCAAUUACUGAUACCCUGGAGGUCUGUGGGUACCGACUUCGGGGCCAGUACUUGCCCCCCAAUCAUAAGCAGCUGCAAGAGGACCUGGGGAACAACCUGCAAAUCCAGCAGGCCCUGGCUACACAACAGACCCUGCUGCAGGACAUGCUGAGUGAGGUACAGGAAUUCUGCAGGGAGCAUCACUGGAUGACAGGCAUUUAUGAGUUCCUGCAAACCUGGGGACCUCAGAAACUGGAGUCUUUGAGAGGUUGUCCCAUCAAGAAUUAUGUGACGCUGGUGAGCAAUCUCAAUGUUUGGCAGAGCCGUGUCUCUAAUAUACCUACCGAGUUUAUCACAAAAGGCAGGCUGCUGCUGCUGAACUGCUGUGACAUACGGGCAGAUACAGAAUCCAAGCUGGAGAGCAUCAGGAAGGACAUUCUUAUGCAGGUACAGGAUGAGUGCAGGAUUUACAGUCAACAGCUAAUGGCAGAGCUCACAGACUUCAUGGAGGCCUUCCAAACCAUCAGCAUGGACAUUCACACCAUUGCACGCUGCUCCCAGAAGUUGAACGAGGCCAACGAGAAAUACUUGGCACUGGAGGAGAGAAUGGAAUACGUGUGGUCACUCCAUGAACUCAUCCGCAAACACUUAAGCCACUUCAGUGCUGAGAAUGAGGAGCUGGACAUGAUGCUUCUGGAUAUGUGGGAGGCAUUUCAGUUUGAGAAAAACCAGGCCUCAGAGCUCCUGCUCAGCAAGCGACACGCCAUCAUCCCCAAGCUGCAGCAGCUGAUGACAGCGGCGCUGGCAGAGCUGGAAGGCCUGCUUCGAAAGGCCCUGUCUGGCCCCUUCAUGGAUCCCCAGCAGGAGCAGAGGGCUGUUGAGCGCCAGCUCAUCUCCCUGGAGCGUCAGUUCCAGAACACAGCCAAGCACCUCAGUGAACUGCGCCAUGCCUUCGCCACCUUCACAGGGCAUCCGAGUCCCGUGACUGUGCCGGCCUGCGGGACUCGGCCCAUCGUGCAGCAGCAGCGCAUCUGGCACCUCUACCGACUCAUCUCUGAAAAUAUCAGUGAGUGGAAGUGCAUGGCCUUCGCCAAGUUCAGCCUGGCUAUGGCCAAGGAGAAGACGGAUGGCUGGCUGACAGAGGCGGCAAGGAUGAGUGCAAACCUGGGGGUGCCCAGCCCCGUUCUGCAACGCUGCAUGCGCAUGCUGGAGGAGUUCCGCAGCUAUCUGCCUUUGCUUAACAAGUUAGACAGCCUCUCCCUGCAGAACAUCAACUGCCAUGCUCUCCUGCGAGCCUUAGGGCUGGACAGUAUCCACAACAUAGAACUUCUAACACUGGGCCAGCUGCUCUCGUGUCCACUACUGGAGUUUGCAGAUCGAAUCAAUCAGCUCUGGCAGGGUGAAAGGGAACGAAUUCAAACCCAAGAGACCCUCCGGCAGCUGCAGCGAGCCUGGGAAACACACCAACUGCGUCUGCUCAACUUCAUCCUGCAUGUGCCCUAUGAGCCCCCAGCCUAUGAGCGCUCCAAGAAGCAAAUGCUUCGCAGUCCCCAUUGGAAGGUAGUGGAAAUGGAUAGUGGCACCUUCAUUCUUUCAGAUUGUAAUAGCCUGCAGGAUUCCAUCCAAGAAAGUCUUCAGGUGUUGUACAAGAUCCUGGCCACCCAGAAGACAGGAGACUCACACAGAAUAGCCUUGGAGUGGGUGACCAUCAUGCAUGGCCUGGGUGCCCUGCUGGAAAUGUGGGUGACAUUCCAGCAGAAGUGGAUUUUUCUGAAUAAAGUUCUGCAUGAGAUGAAGAUCCAGUUUCCUAGUUUUGAGCUGCACAAUCGUUUCAAAGCCUGGGAUGAUUACUUUCGGACCCUGAUGCGGAUCUCUGUAGCUGACCCUCUGGUUCUGUCACUUAUAGUGCCCAGUGUCAAGCGGAACCCUUACUUCCAAGGCCAACAGCUGCAGCAGCAGCUGCAGGCAGGCUCGAUGGAGCUCGAGGGUAUCAUCAUGGCUUUGGAGAGUGUGCUGUAUGAUGUGUGUGCCCACUUCCCCCGCCUCUUUUUCCUCAGCAACAGUGAGCUGGUGGCUCUGCUGGCUGCCCCGCUAGAGCCAUCUGAGACUCAGCUGUGGGUAGGACGCUGCUUUCCUCACGUGCACGCUGUGAGCUUCCAGUCCAUCUCAACUGAUAAGAAAGACGAGGAUGAGCAAGAGCUGAGCCUGAGCACGCAGAUUCAGGUGGAGGCGCUUGCAGUGAUAGGGGCAGAUGGGGAGGAGGUGAAGCUGCAAGGGUCCCUUCCUCUGCAUCCGGAUCUCCCCAAAUGGCUGGCCUCGCUUGAGAAGGGUCUGCGUCUGACCCUGGUGCACAUGCUGCAGGACUGUGUGGCUGCCCGCCUUGCUCUGGGCCCAUGUCUAGAUGAGACGUUCAAGCAGCUGCCCCAGCAAAGCCAGUUGCUCCUGCAACAGAGCGUCCACCGCUGGCUGGAUUUAGUUCAGGCCUUCCCGUGGCAAUGUGUGCUGGUAGCAGAGGAGGUGAUAUGGAGGGCUGAGAUGGAGGAUGCUCUGCUAGAGGGAAGGAAGCUGGCCAUGGUCCAGAGGCAUGUGCGCAAGCUUGAGGUACUGGUGUAUUUUGCACGGGCCCAGAGGGCCUCCCAAGGUAGGCAGCCCCUGUCCUCUGCCCGCCAGAACAGCCUGUUGGGUGCUCUGCUGGCUAUGGCGGUAACUCACCGGGAUGUAGCACAGCUGCUGCAGCAGCACCAGGUCAGUGAUCUGACAGACUUCCACUGGGCCCGUCAACUCAAAUAUUACCUGGGGUCACCUCACGCCAGCCCGCAGAGCCCCCUGCAGAAUCUCAAGACUGUCCUAUCUACUGAGACCUCUCUGUCUCCAGCUGCAUGCUGGGUAAAUGUUCUGGGCCGGUCCUUCCCGUACAAUUAUGAGUACCUGGGUCCCAAGCUGGAGUCUGUACCCAGCCUGCUGCCUGAGCGGCCAGCCCUUAUCCUGUUACUGGCCCUGGAAGAGGUGGCCUGUGGGACCCUAUUGGGCCCAGAUGGUGUGGGCAAGACAACUACAGUGAAGAGCCUGGCACAGGCCUUAGGUCGCCAGCUGGUGGUGAUGUCCUGCUUGCCUCAAGUAGAGGCCCAAAGCCUAAGCAAGUACCUGAAUGGUGCCUUGCAAGGUGGUGCCUGGCUGCUCUUGAAGGCUGCUCAGCACCUGCCUCUUGGCUUGCUCUCUGCCCUGGGCCAGCGGCUGGCUGAACUGCAACACCUCUAUGCCCCGCUGUACCAGAAGGCUUCCCAAAGCCUCAGCACCAUCGACCCCACCCAGCCCCAGCUCCUUGGCCAUGGCUUCUUCGAGAUGCACCGUGUGACUGUGUGCCUUGGUUAUGGCUGUCUUCUGACACUGCGCUCCCUGAGCCUCGCUGUGCCUGCCAACCUGCACCUGCUACUGCGGCCUGUGGCACUGAAACUGCCUGACCUGCAGCAAGUGGCAGAGCUGACCCUGCUGGGUGCAGGGAUGCGAGACCCCUCCCGCAUGGCUACCCGCCUGUCCAAAUUCUUCACCCUAGAGCAGAAACUGGUGUCCAGGCCCCUGCCCUGCCGCUUGCCACUGCUCAGAGAGGUACUGGAAAACAUGAUACAAGCACUAAAUGUAACACAAGAGGGCCCCAAGUCUCAGCAGGUGCGCAGUCUGGCUGCCAUCGAGGAGGCUGCCCUACUUCGUGCCCUGCUGUGCUCACCUCUGUUCAACAUCCUUGAUAGGAACCGCUUGUACAGCCUCCGGGAACUGCUCUGUGGAGUCUUCCCUAGUGCCAGCCAGGUGCUGGCGGAGCCUGUGACCCACAGGCUGAAGAGGUCACUUACAGUGGAGAAAUUACAGCAGGUAGGCCUGUAUCCCAAUCCUGAUAUUUUGGGCUCCCUGGAACAGCUGAGCCAGGCCUUGGGGCGGGCCUCGGGCAUUUUACUCCUGGGCCCAGCUGGCAGUGGCAAGACCAGUUGUUGGCACAGCUUAUUUAAGAUCCAGAAUCAUCUGGCUGCCAUGGAGGACGCUUCAACGGUGAGCUACCAGCCUGUGGAAAUAACUCACCUGUAUCCCAGUGGUCUCUGCCCCCAGGAGUUCCUGGGAUGGCUCGAGGGCCCUUGCUGGCACCAAGGCAUUUUCCCCAGGCUGCUCCGUGCCACCACUCACUAUGAGUCUCUGGGCCGAAAGAAGCAGGCACAGCCAUUGGUGGGAAUCCAGCACUGGAUAAUAUGUGACGGUGCCCCCAGUACUGCUUGGCUGGACUCUAUCACUUGCCUUCUGAGCAGCCCCCCUCAGCUUAGCCUCCCCAAUGGCCAGCAGAUAGUACGCCCCCCAGGGACUUUCCUUUUGCUGGAGAUGGGAGAUGCGACAGGCAUAUCCCCCACAGUGGUGGGGCAUUGUGCCCUAGUCUGGUGUGGUGGGGAGCAGACUUGGCAGGGUAUGCUCAGUGUCCUGAUGGCAGCCCUGCCCCAAGAUUACCGCCUGCAGCCCCAGACAGUCAGUGAGCUCAACCACCUGGCCGAAGUGCUGGUGCCUGCAGCGUUCCGAUUCCUCAGCUGCCAGGGUGCCAGCUCUGUCCUGCAGGUGCACGGGCAGCAGGCCCUUUGCCGGGGCGUGGCUGAAGUCACCACCCUGACCCGUGUCUUGCGUUGCCUGCUUGACGCCCACCUGCGCAUCGAUGAGGAGAAGCCAGAUAACACAGGGCCUCCUGUUCUGGCCAUGAUGACCUUUGCAGAGAACCUCAGCUAUGGUAUGCCUAUGGCCCAAAACCUCAAGUUCUCAAAAAAACCUCAUCUGAACCAGCCCCAGGCAGACAGUGAAGACAUGGCUACUAAGCUCAGGGAGCACUUGCUGGCUGUCAGCAGCUUUCUUUUUGCCGUGAUCUGGGGCUUUGGAGGUCAUCUUCCCUCCAGGCUCUGGCCCCUCUUUGACGUGUUCCUGAGGAAUUCUGUUAGUUCCCUCUCCAACUACCCGGAGCCACUGCCCUCAGCUUCGGUGUUUGAUCUGUAUGUGUGCCCCAAGAAAGGGACACUGGUCCCCUUCACUGGCCAAUACCUGAGCAGUCGCAUCAAAGGAACAACAGGCAUCUUCAACCCUACUUCCCAGACCGAACGGCUGCUGUAUGUGGUGGACCUGCUGCUGUCAGGGGGCCACCCGGCACUGCUGGCUGGAGAGGCAGCCACAGGGAAGUCGACCUUCGUGGAGGUGCUCGUGGAGCCUCAUCAUCCGUACAUGUCCAGCGCCAUCCACCCUGCCUUCGGGACCACUCACCUUCGCCUUCUGCUGAGCCGAGGGGUCCAGGGUCAAGGGCAAGUCAGCCCAGGGUCUGGGCGGCACCUGGAGUCUAAGGGCUCCCUGCUCUUCCUGCUGGAGGAUCUGCACCUGGCUGCUUCUGACCCCGAGAAGAGCAGUCAACCGGUGCUAGAGACCCUGCGCCAGGCCUUAGAUGGCACCGUGUAUGCCCACGGCACCUUGGAGCUGCAGACACUGCACCCUGCGGUCAACUUCCUUGCCACCAUCACGGUGCCUGGCUUCUGUGAGCGCCCCCUGUGCCCACGCCUCUCUAGACUCUUCACUGUGCUGGCUCUGGACAACGUGACCCAGGCCACCAUGCUGAGCAGGCAUGUGCCCAGCAUCCAGGCCUGGCUUGAGCGCUUCCCCUCUGUGGAACUGGAGGGGAUUCUAGCAAGAUCCCUGGUCAGGGCCUCCAUGGAGGCCUGGGAGGCUGUGGGCAGCUGCUUCCUACCUUCUCCCUCCCACCCACACUACCGCUUCUCCCCACACUCUGUGAGCCAAAUCCUGGGCAGCCUGCAGGUGCUGCCCACCAGAACGGGCCCCCGCGGCUUUGCAGACACUGUGCGCCACCAGGAGCACUUGCGUCGCGUGUCAGGCUUGCACGGCUCCCGCCUGACAGUCAUGAUGACCAUGCGCAACAUGGUGCGGCUUUGGUUGCAUGAAGCACAGAGAACUUUUUGUGACAGGCUGGACAGUCCUGAGGAACGCUCCUCCUGUGCCAAGAUGCUCCUAGAAAUAGCCCAGAGUGUCUUCUGCUGUGGGCCAGCACCCCGGCACCUGGGCAAAGACUUGGAGGUGGGGAAAGUGGAGGAAGAGAAGGUGCUGGUAGUGGAAUCGGAAGAGGAGCUGGCCCAAUGGUCGGACUUCAGCGACGGUGGCAGUGAGACCGAGGAGGAGGAGGACCCCUAUGGCCUACAGGUGACCACAGGCUUCUAUGCCAGUGAUUCAGGUCUGACGCUCUCUGCAAAGCCAUCAAAGAGGGAGGCCACGGAGACCAUGAAUCAGCAGACAAAGCAGGAGAAAAGCAUCCAUGCCUCCAGCUAUAGGUCCCAGCUACAGAAACCUGAGAUUUGGUGGCAGAAGACACCCCGGCUGGACCUGAUCUCACCCCUGUUGCUACCAGUAUUAAUACUCUAUCCCCAGGAAAAGCCCUCAGACUUGAUUUUCAGUCAGGACCUUACUCUAGGACCCCACUCUGAGAACCCCAAUUUAUAUGUUGAACGACAGUGGGAGACCCUGAAAGAGCAACUGGCCACCUCAGCUGCUCAGCUGAAGCUGAGCCCCCACCUUGCCCAGUGCCACUCCAUGGUCCAGCACGUGGCCCGCCUGGUCCGGGUGCUGGGCAGACCCCGGCAGCAUGGCCUUCUGCUCUCAGGGGCUCCUGGUACUGGGCGCCAUACUGCUGUCAGUCUGGCAGCUGGCAUUUGUCAGGCCAACCUCUUCCGUCUGCCAUCGGGGUCAGAGGAGGCCAUUCUCCAGUGUCUGCGUGAUGCCAGCUGGCAUGCUGGCAUAUUAGGCCAGCCAGUGGCCCUGCUGGUGGCCAGGGGCGUGGAUCUUAUUACCCUUCAUCGCCUGCUGGCCCUGGUAACCUCAGGCAGUUUCCCUGACCAGUACUCAGAGGCAGAUCUAGACAACAUCGAAGAACAUGUCCCUAGAGACAGCCUUAGCAUCAAGCAGAUCAGGAAAGAAAUGCUGUUGCAGAGGUUCUACCAGCAAGUGUGUAGCCACCUGCACCUUUUCAUCCUGCUGGAAGAUGACCAGAUCCACAGGAAACUGCCCUCCACCCUUUUCCUGAGGCUCCUUGAAGUGGCUGUCGCCAGCAUUGACCGCUACGAACCUUGGGACCAAGCCACCCUAGUCAGCGUGGCCCAGCACUACCUGGAGAGUGUCAGAAGUCCACCCCUUAAAGACGAUUACAUGAUAUGCCCAGACCUCCGGGCCUCAGUUCCCCGUGUGGCCAAAGUCAUGGCUCUCAUCCACCUCUCGGCUGCCAGCUACCAUGGACACCUGUGCCCUGAAUUGCCACUCGUCACCCCCAAGACUUUCCUAGACUUCCUGGGCACCUUCAUACUGCAGCGGCAGCAGAUGACACUGAAAAUUAAGAACAAGGCUCAUCUAAUCCAGAAUGCCCUGUGGAGUCUGAAAAUGAUGAUUGAGAAGCACAAUACCUAUACCAACCUGCUCUUCAACUUGGAACAGCAGCUGAAAGGUUCUCGCAAGAGCCUCACCACAUUGCAUCAUCAACUAGAGCAAGACAGGCUUCUGUACCAACGGCUGCUGGUGGAGAGCCAGCAGCAGGAAAACCUCGUUAAGAACCUGACCAGGCACCGAGAUGCCCUGCGGGCUCAGCAAGCGGCUUUCCUGGAGCAGAUGGGCACAGCAUUUCAGGGGCCCCUGAGCCAGCUGCGGGUGGCUGACUUUGAGGAGAUACGGAGCUAUCGAGCACCCCCAGAACCCGUGGUCCGGGUGACUGACGCACUGUGCGAACUGUUCCACCGUAAAACAGGCUGGACCAGUGCCAAGCAGCUGUUAUGCUCUGAAGACUUUUACCAGGAGCUGGUGUUCUUCCCCAAGGAGAAGGUGACGGACUCGGAGCUGAUAAAGCUAAAGCUAGCCCUGAACGCUCCAGGUAUGAGCGAGGCAGCUCUGCAGGCAGUGAGUUUACCUGUAGCAAGCCUAGCAGCCUGGCUCUGGGCCAUCGUGCGCUACAGUCUAGCACGGCGCCGAGGGCUGCCCACGGGUCUGCUGCUGCAGCAGGUUGAAGUGACACUAGCUAAGGAGCAGGCCCGCCUGGGCCACUACCAGUUUCAAGGCCAGCAGAUCCUCGAGCACACUUUGGCCCUGACCAAGAAGAUGCAGUCCACUCAGGCUUCCCACAGACACAUGGCAGAGGAUCUCAGCUGGGCUCAGUGUAGCCAGUAUCACAAGUGGCCCAUAAAGGCUGCACUGCUGACGCCCAUGUACUCCUGGACCACAGACCUCCAGAAGUUGCAGGGGUACUCCGUGACCAUCUUGGGAGAUGCCCUCCUGUGUUCAGCUGCCAUCGUCUACCUGGGCCAGUUCCCUGCACUGCGGCGCCAGGAGAUGAUGGACAAGUGGCUGGCCCUGUGCAAGGGCUUUCAGGAGCCCCUGGCCCCAGAUGACAUGGCACAGGCCCGGAAGCAACAAAAAUUUGGCAGCUCUGUGCCUCCCCCAGUCCCCCUGCUGUCCACACACGCUCCCUUCAACCUCCUGUUCUUGCUGAGCUCAAAGUCAGAGCAGUUCCAGUGGGACCGAGACCUGAAGCCCCAGGCCAAGUCAGCCCGUCUCGCAGGCCUGUUUCUGCGAAGUCGCACCCACUACCACAGUUGCCGUUGGCCUCUGCUGCUUGACCCCAGCAACCAAGCCCUCAUCUGGCUGGACCCACUGCCUCUGGAAGAGACUAAGUCCUCGGGCCCUGAUAGCUCAAAAGGCAGAGGUGAGGGUUCCGUGAACAACCAAGAGGCAGACAUGGACGAUGAAGAUGACAGCAGUGAGGAGGACAAUGAGGCUGUGGACUCAACACAAGAGGAGAAGGCAGAAGAGAGUGAAAACAAGGAGGAGAAGAAAAAGGAAGAAGAGCAAGAGCAGGAGGAGAAGGAGACAGAAGAGACAGAGAGUCAGGAGUCAAGGCCAGCCCUUGAGACGCAGCCUCUGCCCCUUCCCUCCCUCCGUGUGCUCUCAGGCUCUGACCCGGAACUGGGUUCUCAUCUCCGGGAGGCAGCUGCAGGUGGUCUGCCUGUGCUGCUGACCCACAUGGAGCUGGGCCUAGAGUGCCCCGAACUGCAGUGGCUACUGCAGAGGGAGCAGCUGAGGCCACCCGAGGUGCAACCUGGUUUCUGUCUCUAUCUGAGCACUACUCUCCCCCUCAGUGCCUUGAGAAAAGUGCUAGGCUAUGAACUGCUGAAGGGACUGAACGUGCUGGAUCUGGACUCGAACAUGGAACUCCUGGGAGAACAGAUGCUGAAUGAAAUCAUGUGCAUGGAGUGUCCCGAGUUCAAGGCCCGCUGGGAGGACCUACAGUUCAGAGCCUUGGAUACCUUGAAAGCUGUGGAGGCCGCUGAGGAGCGGCUGCUGAGGAUGCCGUGGCUCCAGAAGCUGAAGCAUCGGAAACCAGCCAAGUUCCUACGAAACAUGGUGAGGUUCCAGGCAAAGCUGGUUCAGCUGCGUGCGGAAUAUGAGGAGCUGGAAGACCAGAAGCAGCAAGAGAGUGUAUUGUGGCUACCCUAUCGGCAAGUGGUCUGGCACGGAAUAGCCAUUAUAAAGGCCCUUAACCCACUGCAGAACCUGCUGCCACCAUUCCGUAUGAGCCCAGAGAACUGGCUGGCUCUCACCAAGCAGGCUUUGAGCAAGAUGAAGCACCACGAGAUUCUUCAGCAGGAAGACCUUCCCAGAUACCUGCUGCAAAUGCGGGUGCAGCUGACCCGCCAGCUGCUGGACGGCACUGUGGCUGCACUGGGCCGAGCCCAAGUACCCUUGGUGGGUGCACUGGGUGCUUUGGCUCUCCUGCAGGUCACAAAGAAGACGCCAGAGCUGGAGAGAUUGGCAUUUUGGCCUGGUCUGGCAGCCUCUCCCAGCACAGGCCACACCAAGUCAGUCCCAGGUGUGGUUCGACCGACCUGGCUAGGGCUGAGGGCCUGGCAUGAAUGUGGGAUGUUAGAGAUGCUGCCCGCAUUUGCUGGGCUGCGGGCAUCACUGGCCAGACACUCAGAUGUUUGGCAGGGUUACCUGUCACUUUCAUCUACAGUGUUGGGUCCUGCACCGGGGCCUGGAUCUAACCCGCUCAGCCUCUUGCAGAAGCUGAUCCUAUGGCGUGUCCUGCGGCCAGAGUGCCUGGCAGCUGCACUGGCAGACUUCACUACCAGCCUCCUGGGUCGGCCCCUGGAUGAGAACUGGGGGGGCUCCACUAUAUCCUUUGAGCAAAGUAAGGCUACUCAGCCCACACUGAUCUUAUUGCCACCACCUGGUCACUCCUCAGCUACCCCGCACCCCCUGAGUGUCAUCCGGAAAAUGGCUGCCACACAAAAGCAGGGGCAGAGGCAGCUGAAGGUGGUAGCCCUGGGCGCUGAAGCCUGGGACCCCAUGUUGGCUGUGGUCAGCACCUUAAACCAGGCUAUGUGCAACGGGCACUGGCUGGUGCUGGAAAACUGUCACCUGAUGCCUCACUGGCCAAAAGAGCUGCUGCAGCCCUUGCUGGGUCUGGUGGAGGGAGCCAAGGUGGUCUCAGACUUGGAAGCAGAACUGCUGUUAGACCAGCCCGCAGGAAAGAAUGUGGCCGUUGUCCACAGAGAUUUCCGUCUUUGGCUUAUUGUGUCUGCGGAGGCUAUUGAUUCCUUACCAGCUGUGCUGAUUCAGCACUCCAAGCCUGUGUUUUGGGACCAGUCCUUGGAGCUGAGCCACGUGCUGACUGACAGUGUGGAGCUAGCCCAGCAAGGGCUUUCCAGGCAACCCUUUUUCAGGGUACUGCCUCUGCUGCUCCUACACAGCCUCUUGCUACACAGGCAGCUCUAUCAAAUGAAACUACAGGCACACAGGGGGCGCUGGAGUCACGUGACCCUGACCCAGGUGCUUCAGACCCAAGACCAGCUCUGCGCCAGCCUGAGCAAUCCCAGUGCUGCCAUGCAGGAGCUGGCUGCUUCCAUCUUCUAUGGGGGUCCUGUGGGAGACGAUGAGGAUAGGGAGGCCCUGCUUAGUCUCAUUCAAGCUUGCCUUAACCCCAGCAGCGGGGCCCCGCCACACACACCACAGCAUCUGCUGGCUGCUCUGAUGCCCAAUCCAGAGCUGAGGGAGCUGGAUGCUAUGGCAGAGUGCAAGGCCCAGAUGCACCUACUGCCCAAACCUCCUGAACCCCAGACCUGUGGACUUAGUGUUGGCACCCAGGCCUGGCUGUUGCGUCGCCGGAGUCACACUCUCUUGAGGGCACUACAGAGGACCUCCCCUACUUGGGUUCCCGCGGCUGGUGAAGACCGCCAACUCUCAGAGAGGCGGCUGCGCCAGCGCCUAAUACAGGCCAAGCGGAAGCUGGAGUCACUGCAGGAUCUGCUCGCAGAGGCCACCAACCGGGAGGAGUCUAGCGUGGAGCAGAUGGUGUUGGGGCAGAGUACGCCACAGCCUCUGGAGGACUUCCUCAAGAUGGAGGUGCUGGAGCUGAGCCAACUGGUGGGCACGCUGCAACAGGACCUCGACUGCCUGUUGCAGCAGCUGAAGGGUGAGCACCCCUGCACCUCCCUGCGCUGCACUGCAGUGGCCCAAGCGCUCUGGACUGGCCGUCUACCUCUGCCCUGGCAAGCUCAUGCUCCAGCUGGUCCCCAGCCGCCCUGGCACUGGCUGCAGCAGCUGUUGCGCCGUGGGCAGUUGUUGGUUCAUUACUUGGGCAGGGGCACCGGAGGACCAGUGCGCACCUUUCACCUAUCAGCCUUUCGCUAUCCACGCCGCCUGCUGCUGUCACUGCAUUGGGAGGCUUCCUUUGCUAAGAUGGCCCCGGAGCAGUUUGCGCUCAGCUCGAAUAUUCCUCAGAGCUCAGGUUCCAGUUCCAAUAAGCUCCCCAGUAAAUCUCCUGAGCUGAACAGCAACCCUCUGCUUUUCCAGGUGGUGACCAGCCCAAAUGCCACGGCGCCAGAGAAGGGGCUGCUGCUGACUGGGCUCCAGCUCCGGAACGCCGAGUGGGACACACACGCUCGGGCCAUGCAGGACGGUCCCUCUAGACAGCCCAACCCACUGCCUCUGGUCAGCGUCAGUGUCCAGGCCCAGGGCGCCAAUGACCUGCCAGCCCCUGGUGGUCUGGCUGUAUAUUCCUGUCCUGUGUACCUAGAAGGGCCCCUGGGUGCCACUAGGCUGCACAGCAGAAACAUUGUGAUGCACCUGCCCCUGCCCACCAAGCUCAGCCCCACCAUCUGUGUCCAACGGAGAGUCCAUGUGUGCAGCCCACCCCUGCCCUGAGCCUGCAGUCGAAAUAAAGUUGGAGUGAUUCA